AUGUCUAAGUUACACCAUAUUAGAAAACAGGCAUUGGAAAAGGAGAAGCAAAACACAAACUUCAAUUUAUUUUCCAAAAACCUGAAAAAAAAUCAUCCCCUUGGCCUACCGAGAGCAUGCUCGACCCUUUCGUUAUCUUCUCUGUCGUUAUCUUUGUCGCAGAACUCGACCGACUCUUCGUUAACCGAUAACUCUACGUCGCUCGAUCAGAAAAUCUCGUUCGCCCUUCGUUUAAUAGCUCCCGUCAGGAAAAAAGAAGCCCUCGGUAGCAAAAUCGUGGAGAUUAAUUCUGGUGAGGAAGGACUUAGGAGGUGCAACUGGAUUACCAAAAACAGUGGUAACUAA